AUGUGCAGAAGACCACGAGGUGGAAAGUGUAGAAGAUAGGUGAUAAUGGCUGACAACACUGCGACCAGAGAUGCCCCUACAGACACCAGUCUGACACUGGGCACAGAAGAGGCACGAAAGCUACAAGACGGCAUAACUAUUAUAAACUCGUUGAUAACUAGAGCUACUGGGGCGAGCCAUCACUUAAUUUCUGAAGUAGCCUCAAGCAGUCGUUCCGACUCUCAAGGUCAUUCUGAGGGUCGUGCUAAUCAGAGUCAAGCAUGCAGCCGUGCCCUUCAAGCAUUGAGGUCCGUAAGGCAGCAUUUUGAUGAGGAAAGGAGAAAGGACGUGAUUGAUGAGCAGAGAAGAAAGGACGCGGUUGACGAGCAGAGAAGAAAUUUUUCUCCUUAUACAAGUGGAAGAGGAAAAGGAAAGGGGCGUUCUCGUAGUUGUUCUUUUAAAAUGUUUUGUUUAAGUUCUCCACUUGAUACUCACGUACCAACUUCGGUUUCAUAUAAAGAAACACUUUGUAAAGCUGGUUUAGGAGAGAAAACUGUAACUAUACCAGACUCUUCCUGUUCGUGAGAUGAAUUUUGGUCUAUUAUCACUUCAGCUUACCCAAAGCUCUCAAAUUGUGGCAGUUUUGAGUUACUUCGUUGUAUGAGUCAAAGCAGAGAGCUUGAGCCUAUAUCAAGAUCAGUUGCCAAGUCACCGAAGCUCUUAAAAUCAGUGCUCAGCAAUAGAAAAAUCUUCAUUAGACCCCUCCAGAAAGAUCUAGAUGUAAGAGUUGCUGAAGAUUUAGUAUCAACAGAUGAUUCAGUGGAAUUUUUUGAGGAGUGCAUUUAUUGUAAUCAGAGUUUUGAGCUCAAUUCACUUCGAGAGCAUGCUCAAGACUGUCAGAAAAAGAAGCAAUUUUGUACGAUUAAUAUUGAUGAUGAUUGUGACUUUGAAAGUUCUAAGCAGAAGAAGAGCAUUUUUGAAUUGCCUAGUGAUAAUGAGGAUUUACCUUUGUUCUCAAAAAUAUUGAAUGGAUGUGAUUACUCUCAGUCACUUGUAUCAAACCAGGAAGAGAUAGCUGAUGUAUGUGAAACAGAAUCCAUUAUGGUGACGCAUGCUAUAGAGAUAAGUAGUGACAAAGAGAUUGAAGUUAAAAGUACAACAGAACCCACUCUGAAAACCAUUCUGACAGACCUUGCUGAACAACUAACUGAUAUAGUGACGUAUAUUCCAGUCAGAAGAGGACAUGUAUUGAGGGAUGCAUUAAGAACUGUGAAGCGUUCAUCAUUCUGUUAUUUGAAUCCCAUUAAGGUUGAGUUCUUAGGUGAAAAAGGAGUGGAUGGAGGUGGGCCUAGUCGGGAAUUUUGGUGUUGUUUGGCUAAUAAUUUUGAGCAAUUGUGUGAUAGAGAUGGUGGGAAUAAGGUGCUGAGGCAUGAUGCUGUCGCUUUACAGGUAUGUGUAAUUUCCUAUAGCUCUCAUUUUAAUUUCUAUUAAUUUUUGGUAGGAGGAAAAGUUUUUUUACAUUGGAGAGUUAAUGGCCUUAUCAGUUUUGCAUGGUGGCUGUGGCUUUCCAUUCCUGGGGAAGUCAACUUAUGAUUAUUUGUGUGGUGUUCCUCUUUCAUCUAUAAAUGUUAGUAAGGACGAAGUUCCUAAUGUAGAAGCUAGAGUUUUGUUGGAUAAGAUUGAUACUGCAGGAGACAGCAAUGCAUUGAGGGCUAUCUGCAUGGAGCAUGUUGAUUUAAUAAUUGAUGCAGGUUUUAAUAAACCAAUCAACAGUCUUGAGCUCAGCAAUAAAGAGGAGUUGACUAAAACUAUUAAGAUACAUUAUACCCUCUUGAGGUCCAAAGCUGAGUUAGAUCAACUGACUCGUGGGCUAUCUAUAUUGGGUAUUGGGAGACGCUAUAUGCAAAUAUCCUGUACAUUUUGCUCCUCCAUUCACUUGAAGCUUGGCUCAACUCACUGCUGAACAAUUGCGGCAAUUAUUUGAGGAUGUUUACUAUUCUCUAGCUGGUAGCUCUGAACGGCAGAAGGAGGAGGCUAUGUACAUGCUAUUCAUUGAUUUCCUAAACAGCUGUGAGACUAACUGUGAAAGUAAUAUUGGUUUGGAGAAAAUACUUUCAUUUUUUACCGGCACUGAAACAAUACCUGCCUUGGGAUUUGAAUGCACUGCAAGUUUGCGAUUCAGUGAUAGUCUAAUGCAUCCCACAGCAUCUAUGUGUGCCCUACAAUUGACACUCCCAACACAAUAUCACGAUGACGAGUCAGCAUUAAAAAAAAAAUAUGAUAUAUGGCAUACUGAAUCAUGGUGGAUUUGGACUUAGCUAAAAAAAGAUUCAUAAAACUGGUGUUAAUUGUUAAUACUCUUUUGUGGUGCAUGUACAUGCAUUU